AACCCAAGAUAUACAUUUACAAAAAAAAAAUUAAAAGACUUUCAGCUAAAUAACUGCUCAAAGACAUUUACAAAGGAUGUCUAUCAUGCAGGACAGGACGUUAACGAUUCAAUCACCAGUGGAAGUUACGGCAAAGAAACCACAUAACUAUGAGACCAUUCUCAGAGACGCAUAUCUACCCGUCCCUCCUUCCACCGAACAGCUACGUUCUGGUGUCCUCUUGAACAAACUGACCAAAUAUUGGGUGGACGAGAGAAACAGCAACUGCUUCAUGAUCUUUCCAAAGAAACUCUCUAUCACUUGGUCUGAUGACCCCAACUAUUGGGCAUGGGUUUCCAACGAUUCACAAAACGAGAAAGAUGUAGAAGUUGCGGAACUGAAAAACGUGUGCUGGCUCGACAUCACGGGAAAAUUCGACACAAGUAAUCUCACUCCUGGGAUUACGUACGAGGUGGUCUUUAUGGUGAAGCUAAAGGAUCCUGCCUAUGGAUGGGACACGCCGGUGAACGUAAAGCUAGUGUUGCCUAACGGCAAGGACAAACCGCAGGAAAAAAAGGUGAGUUUAAGGGAACAACCAAGGUAUCAGUGGGUCGAUAUUAGAGUCGGAGAGUUCAAGCAUGAGAGAGAUUCCGUCGGUGAGAUCACUUUCUCAAUGUAUGAGUAUGCGGCUGGUGUUUGGAAGAAAGGUCUCUUCCUCAAAGGUGUUGCAAUUCGUCCCAAGUAUAAUAAUUAAUAUGGUAUGGGAUAUAAUAUGCAUAUGCACAUGGUACGUGCGUGUAUCCGUAUGAUAUUGAUAAGGGUUCUUUAAAAGAAACAUCUAAAUGAUAAGGGUGGUGAUCUAUCUUAUGCCAACAGAAAAAGGGGUGAUGUAUCGUAUUAUUACUUAAAUAAUCACUUUGAUGUUAGUGUUGAAUAAAACCAAAACCUAGAGUUGGUUUUGUAGAGUUUAAUUUUGAGUUUGAGCGUAUGUAUUUAAGAUCACUAAAAAUUUAUUAUGUAUGACUAGGGUCGGUCCGCGCUACGCGCGGAUUGUAUAUUUCAACUUUUUAUUUUUAGCAUUUAUCUUAUGUUUUGUUUAUUAUUUUCAUAUCUUUUCAUUUUUAGUAAAAGCAUUUUCUAUUUUGUAUUAAUAUCAAAUUCUUAUUUGAUAUGCACAUUGAAUUUCUAACUUUAAAUUUGUAUUAUUUUUGUUAAACUUCAUAUACUAUUUGAUUUUAAAACUUUAUUUUAUUUUUAUGAACUUAAUCAGAAAAUAUUUGUUGGCAUGUUGUUGUUUAACGUGGUAUUAGUUUGUCUCAUCUUAUGGUUUCUUAUAUUUUCUUACUCUUCUUGUGGGAUCUCAACCUUGGACAAUACCUGAUUCAUAUAUAGGGGGCGUAUUCAGCUGAUAGCUUGAGAUUAUUUUUACUAAGAAGACAAUUAGACAUUGUGCAAUUUAACUUGAAGACCCAUUAUUAUUUAAAUAUGAAUUUUUAAAAAGUAUUUAAAAUCUACGGUUAUUGAACUUGAUAUUUCAUAAAAUACUCUGGAAUUGAUAGUUAUUGAAAAUAUUUUAAUUUGUGAAGUUCUAAAGUUUCUAGUAAUUUUAGAUAGUUUAGGUGGAGUUUCUUACUUUAAAAGUUUAAACUCAAAUCUCAAGGUAUUAGGUAAUAUUCUAGAAUUUUUUUUUAAAAAAUCACCUUAAACACUCUAAUUAAUUAAAGUCAUCUGAAAACUUCAUUAAAAAUCAAAUCACCUCAAACUAUAGAUCGAAUACAUGGCCCAUAUACAUGGUAAAUUGCCGAAUAAAGUUAAUUAAGUAGAUAAUUAGUGUUGCAGACAAAAAAAACAUUUUCUUAGUUCAUGACGCAUGCUGCUCAAGAGGAGUACCUAUGAAGGAUGGGUUGUUUUGUUUCAUAGAUUGGAGAACAUUAGAUUUCUGGUGGAGUGAGGCAGUGAAUAUUGUCCUGGUGAUCCCACCAGAGACAGAAUUGUUAACAUGUUAAUGUGAGCGUUCAUUAUAGAACAGUCGAUGGUUAGAGGGGUUCAAGUCAUGGUUUCGUUGUGAAGAUCUGAAAUGGUCAAGUUCAAAAAGGAAAUGAAUGCGGUGAACUGAAUCUUAAUCAUUUAAGAUCAAUUUUUAGGAAUCUAGCUCUACUCCAGAUUCUGGUCACUAAUUAGAUUAGACCUUUUUUUAUGUGAAUACAUUGAUUUGAGAAGAACUUGAAUCAGUGUUGUACGAAGAGUAUACACUUACGCUAAUGUUUGUUAUCUCCUCACUCCAUUUCAGAAUCU